UCUUCAGAAAAUAGUUUGAGACAAGACUAGAUCACUCUUCUAACAGUCCGAGAGAAACGUUUGGUUAAUAUCCUGGUCUUAGAGAAAAGUUUAAUUAAUAUCCUGUUGUACGCUAUUUUCAACAGUUUCAUAAGCAAAAGGAGUUUGUUUUAAUGGAGAGCUGUGGUUCCCAAGUUUUUCCACAGCGGUUUGGGAGAGUGCCCAUAAGAACAAUGUAAUCAACACGUUUUUGAAGUAAAAGCUGAAGUCCAGCUGCAUGCAUAUUAUGGGCUCCAAUGCCGAAGAAGUCCGUGCUGGACAAACGGGCCAUGUGUCCACUGUCCAACUGUUCACCUUGCACCGUGAUCUACUGGUCUCCCAGGUGAAGAGCACGCAGUGCAUUCUGGAUAACCUCCUACAAAGUGGCUUUCUGUGUAUUGAGGAUACAGAAAUCAUCCAGCGCUCAGCCACCAAGACAGACCAGGUGCGUAAAAUCCUGGAAUUGGUCCAAAGCAAAGGGGAGCAGGCAUGUGAAUACUUCCUAUAUAUUCUCUACAAAGUUUAUGAUGCAUACAUAGACCUCCAACCAUGGCUUAAAGAGAUCAACUACCAGCCACCAGACUUCAUACGGGACAUACCAGUGAAGAACACGGACCCUAUUAGUAGGUACUGUGAGAAGCUGAGGCACGAGCUGGGCCGAGACACAUUCUUCAUUGCAUCCUACGCCCAGCAAGAAGAAACCCUGCUGGAGGAGCUCUAUACAGACACCCUGAUGGAGCUCCUGAAUGACCGCAAUGAGAGCCUGGGCCACCUGGAGGGUCUGGAGCAGCUCCUAGGAGAGCAGGGUGUCUUUAACCCACAGGCAGAGACGGUGCUCAUCACGGGGGACGCUGGGGUGGGCAAGUCCAUCCUCCUCCAGAAGCUCCAGAGGCUGUGGUCCAAUAGGGAGCUGGAACAGACAGACGCCAUGUUCUUCUUCAAGUUCCGCUGUAGGAUGUUCAGCACUUUCAAGGAGACAGACGAGAUCUCACUCAGGGACCUGCUUUUCAAAUACAACUGCUACCCCGACCAAGAUGUGGACAAUGAGGUGUUUAGCUACAUACUCCGCUUCCCCGAAAAGGUUCUCUUUACAUUUGACGGCUAUGAUGAGAUCCAGGCUGAUCUGAACCUGGGGAACGUGCCUGAGGUGGUUUCUCCAGAGGAGAAGAUUCACCCUCUUCUGGUGCUCAUUAACCUGCUCUGUGGGAAGCUGCUCAGUGGUUCCCGGAAGGUCCUCACGGCUCGGACAGGCACCGAGGUCCAGAGCAGGGUGAUCCGGAAGAGGGUGGCACUGCGUGGGUUCUCUCCGGCCCACCUUCAAACCUACACCAACCUACACUUCAAAGAGCAGGAGCACAGGGACCUGGUCUCAGUCCAGCUGGAUGCCAGCCCCGACCUCUGUGGCCUCUGCUCCAUCCCCCUCUUCUGCUGGAUCGUCUUCAAGAGCUUUAAACACCUGCACUCAGUCUAUGAUGACUUUGAGUUGCCAGAGGCUUGCGUGACCCUCACUAACAUAUUCCUUCUGCUUUCUGAAGUCUUCUUCAGCCGGGGGGCCGCUCCCCCACCGGGCCUCCUGACGAGAAACACCAGGUGCCCCGCUGAUACCUUCAGGGCAGGGUUGAGGCCACUGACAGCCUUCUCGAAGCUGGCUCUGCUGGGCACGGAGAGAGGAGGCUUUGUGUUCGACCAGGAGGAGGUGACCUCCUGUGGCCUGACUGAGGACGACCUUCAGGUGGGUUUCCUCCGACCGGUCAGCCACUACGAUGCCUGUGGAAACCCUUCUACCUUUGAGUUCCUUCAUCUCACCCUACAGUCCUUCUUGGCUGCAUUCUCCCUGGUUCUAGAUGAACAGGCCAGCGUAGGCAACAUCCUCAAGUUCUUCACUGAGUGCAGCAGGAGGGACAACACAUCUUGUUUAUCAUGUGUCUUCCCCUGCAUCGGUGGCUCCUCCAAACCCAGGGGAAAGGACCCGUUCAAGACCAAUGAGCAUCUCCAGUACGCCAACCUCUUCCUGUGUGGACUGCUGUCUAAGGCCAAUGCCGGCCUGCUGGAGCACAUGGUUCCUCCAGCGCUGCUGAAGAGGAAGCGGGCGGUCCUCAAGUCCUACCUGUUCACCAGCGUGAGGUCCCACCUCCGCGGUCUGCCACUCCACAGCACAGAGCAGGAGGGCAGCAAGGUGCAUGUCCUGCCCAACUUCCUGUGGAUGCUGCGCUGCAUCUUCGAGACAGGAAGUAAAGAGGUGGCCCAGCUGACUGCGAAGGGAAUCACAGCUGACUACAUCAAGCUGGGCUACUGUAAUGUGUCCUCUGGCGACUGCAGUGCCCUCAACUUUGUGCUGCAGCACCGGCGUAAGAGGCUAGGGGUGGACAUGGACAACAACAACAUCAGUGACUAUGGGGUCAAGCAGCUCAGGCCUUCAUUCAGUAAGAUGACCGUGGUGAGGUUAUGUGUCAAUCAGAUCUCAGACAGCAGCAUUGAAGUACUGGCUGAGGAGCUUAUCAAACACAGAGUGGUGGAGGUGUUGGGACUUUACAAUAAUCUCAUUACGGACAUCGGAGCCAAACUAAUUGCUCAUAUCAUUGAGGAAUGUCCUAAGUUAAGAGUCGUCAAGGUUGGCAGCAACAAGUUCACCAGUGUGGGUGGCAGGUAUCUGGCCAGUGCCAUUCAGAAGAGCACAUCUAUCUUUGACGUGGGAAUGUGGGAGAACAGCAUUGGUGAUGAAGGAGCAAGAGCAUUCGCAGAGGCCCUGAGGAAUCACCCAAGUCUUACCAACCUCUGUCUCUCAGCCAAUGGCAUCACUUCAGAAGGUGGGCGGAGCUUGGCCAAAGCACUGAAAGACAAUAGAGGGCUCCGAAUUUUCUGGUUGGUGCAAAACGAGUUGUCAGAUGAUGUAGCACCAGACAUGGCAGAGCUGAUCAGAUCCAACACGGGUCUAUCUCACCUCUGGUUAAUCAAUAAUCAGCUGACAGUGGAUGGAAUCAGACAGCUGUCAGAGGCUCUCUCCCACAACACAUCACUCAAAGAGAUCUGUUUGAAAGGAAACUGUCUUUCUGAAGAGGAAGAGAAGCAGUUUGAGGCUGAGGGAAGGCUACGCUUCCACUGAGGAGACAGAACUGAGCUGGAGCGUGUGUGUGUGUGUGUGUGUGUGUGUGUGUGUGUGUGCGCGCAUGUACAUUGGUCUUAGAGGGUCUUUGUUUGUUUUGCACAUACUACAUUGGAAAUAUUUUUACAUACUGUAUAUGUACAGUGCAUUCGGAAAGUAUUCAGACCCCUUGACUUUUCCACAUUUUGUUACUUUACAGCCUUACUCUAAAACUGAUUAAAUAGUCCCCCCCGCCCCUCAAUCUACACACAAUACCCUAUAAUGAUAAAGCAAAAACAGGUUUUUACAAAAUGUACUCAGUACUUUGUUGAAGCACCUUUGGCAGCGAUUACAGCCUCAAGUGUUCUUGGGUAGAACGUUACAAGAUUGGCACACCUGUAUUUGGAGAGAUUCUCCCAUUCUUCUCUGCAGAUUCUUUCAAGCUCUGUCUGGUUGGAUGGGGAGUGUCGCUGCACAGCUAUUUUCAGGUCUCUCCAGAGAUGUUCGAUCGGUUUCAAGUCCAGGCUCAGCCACCCAGGAACAGUCAGAGACUUGCCCCGAAACCCCUCCUGUGUUGUCUUGGCUGUUUGCUUAGGGUCGUUGUCCUGUUGAAAGGUGAACAUUUGCCCUAGUCUGAGGUCCUGAGCGCUCUGGAGCAGGUUUUCAUCAAGGAUCUCUCUGUACUUUGUUCCAUUUGUCUUUCCCUCGAUCCUGAAUAGUCUCAGAGUCCCUGCUGCUGAAAAACAUCCCCACAUUAUGAUACUGCCACCACCAUGCUUCACUGUAGGGAUGGUGCCAGGUUUCCUCCAGACAUGACGCUUGGCAUUCAGGCCAAAUAGUUCAAUUUUACUUUCAUCAGACCAAAGAAUCUUGUUUCUCAUGGUCUGAGAGUCCUUAAGGUGCCUUUUGGCAAACUCCAAGCGGGCUGUCAUGUGCCUUUUUUCUGGCGACUCUAACAUAAAGGCCUGAUUGGUGGAGUGCUGCAGAGAUGGUUGUCCUUCUGGAAGGUUCUCCCAUCUCCACAGAGGAACUCUGGAGCUGAUGUCAGAGGGACAAUCAGAUUCUUGGUCACCUCCCUGACCAAGGCCCUUCUCCCCCGAUUGCUCAGUUUGCCCAGGCAGCCAGCUCUAAGAAGAGUCUUGGUGGUUUCAAACUUCUUCAAUUUAAGAAUGAUGGAGGCCACUGUGUUCUUGGGGACCUUCAAUGCUGCAGAAAUGUUUUGGUACCCUUCCCCAGAUCUUUGCCUCGACACAAUCCUGUCUCGGAGCUCUAUGGACAAUUCCUUCAACAUCAUGGCUUGGUUUUGCUCUGAUAUGCACUGUCAACUGUGGGACCUAAUAUAGACAGGUAUGUGCCUUUCCAAAUAAUGUCCAUUCAAUUGAAUUUACCCCAGGUGGACUCUAAUCAAGUUACAGAAACAUCUCAAGGAUGAUCAAUGGAAACAGGAUGCACUUGAGCUCAAUUUAGAGUCUCAUAGCAAAGGGUCUGAAUACGUAUGCAAAUCACUUUGUCAUUAGCUUGAUGAGGUGUAAAACAUAUUUAAAUGUUUUAGAAUAAGUUUGUAACGUAACAAAUGUGGAAAAAAGGAAGGGGUCUGAAUACUUUCUGAAUGCACUGUAGGCUAAGUGCAUGUGCACUUGAUAGGUGCAAGUUUCCACUAAAUUCUUAGCUGCAUCUGAUUCAGUAAUAACUGUCACAAGGUUGUAAUAUCCUGUGGAAAGAUUUAGGACACUAGGCGUCCGAGAUUACAAAGAUUGGAGGCUCAAUAAACUCGAAUUACCUUAUUGUGAAUAUGCA